AUGGACUCCCAGCAUUCCGGAGCGGCGACGCUGCCAAAGGGCUUCCGUUUCCAUGAUCCAGAUGUGAACCCCAAAACACCGGAGCCAUCCGCCGUGGGUGAGGAAUUGCAGCCACCUUCGCCGCCGCGUCCACGCUUCAAACUGAAAAGGCGCGUCGCCUCCAACUUGGCCGCUCCGACAAGUCAGUUUCUCGCGUCAGUCGCCGCCGCUGAUGUGCCGAUUCCAAGCAUCGAAGAACCCGAAGCAUCUCGCGCAAACAUGCAGAUAUCCAGCAUGACUUACCCGGUUAUCCACAACCUCAAAGACUUGGAAGAUCUCGGGUUACAUAAAGUUCGCGGCAGACGUUUUUCUCCACCCAAAACGCCAGCACCCGGCGCCGCGCCAUCGCUUUCCCCCAAACGAUAUCCCAACUGGUCCAUUGACUCUGCUUUCAGCAGCGGCGAGUCAACCCCGGAAUGCGAAUCCAGCCGACCAUCAACGGCACGAUCCACCCAAACCAGCGCGUCUCUAUUCAGUCGCUUCUCCCUGACGUCGGAGGACCUGCAAUGCAUCAGUCCCGAGACCGAAGCUUCGGAUCACUUCCUCCAUUUCGCGGACGAUGUUGAUGAGAUCGUCGAAAAGCCAACCAACGCAAAUGUAAAGAGGAGGAAGGCCCCCUGGACCAAGGCCAUGAGCGACCACCUCUGGAUGACCUACCUCAUGUACCUUCAGGACCCCAAAGUCACCCCUUUCCGCACUGGGAAAAGUUGCAUCCCUCCUCACGGAGUCUGUCUCCGUGUUGCGAGGGAAGCGAAAAGGAGUUGGAGAGGCCCCAAGGGCGCUAGAAAGUCGCUGAACCCGAAGAGCGGAAGCAAUACCCCUACUGUGGAAGCACCAAGCACCUUUUUGCAGUGGCCACACACCUGCGCAGCUACUCGAGCGCAUCUUAGGGAACUCUGCAAAAUCAAGGCGGCUUCUUCAUCGGCUCGGAAAACUCAAUUUCUCGCUCACAGCCCAACACCUUUCGGCCGGACGGCGACGAGGUUCUGGAACCGGAGAUCCACGCCGGCUCGGUCGCCAUCCGUCUUCUCGGCCCACGACAUGUCAAUGUCUCUUACCCUCAGCACGUCUGAGGCCAUGCAGCCUCAAGGACCUCUUGCACAGCUCACGAAGUCGAGCCCGGAACCCGUCGAAGAACCCAUGACGGAACCUUUCCCUCCGCUCCCGGUAGAUUUCUCCUGCCUCGACGUCCCUGCCGAACGUCCACGACUUGGAUCCCCUUUUAUGGCCAACAGCUACGGACCCAGCUCAACCGGCGCACUCUCGGCCGCGAUAUCUUCCAUGCCCCAGAGACAGAAUCAAAGUCUCGGCCAUCGUCGCACUCUUCAGCCUCCAGCCCGCUUGACCAGGAGCAGGUCCAACACUCAGAAGCGGAUUGGAAGACCAAGACUGGCGACACACGAACCGAAAAAGACCAAGCGGCCCAGUCUUGGCUCUGAUCUGUGGAAUGAGCCGUCUUCUUUUGACGACCUCCCAAGGACACCUCUGCUUCCAGACACGGAGUUCAGCUCGACAAACGGCAACAUCCAUGACGAUCUGUUUGUCCCUCGAACCAAUCUUGCUGGGCUCUUUACCGCUCCGAUGCCAAUUCCUUCGACUCGACCAGAGACUGCCGGGGCAUCUCUGGCGCCUCCCAGCGCGCCUUUGCCACGUCUGGGAUCGCCGUUCCCUGGAUCCAACACGAGCUUCUCAUUUCCCAACCGGCUCAGUCAGCCAGAGGAGUUCGACCACGGAACUAUCCGCCCAUUCGCGACGAUUCAACAAUCCGUCGACGGCGGAUCUGCUCCGCCUCGCAACCUGGCCAACCGCCUGGCCUACAUUGACGACCGUCUCAGGGAAUUCAGACGCCGCGACAGCAACCGUCGCCGGUCUGAAUCUCCCUUCUAG